AUGUCCGGGCGCGAGGUCCGCGAGUACACCAAUCUCAGCGACCCCAAAGACAGGAAGUUUGGGAAAGGGAAGGACAAGAUCGACGAUGAGGACAUCACCUUCCAGCGCAUGGUUGCAAAGAUGCAAGAGGUUGCUGGUGAGAGGGGAGGCUACCUUCAUGGGCGGGGAGCAAUUUUAGCUGAUUCUACACCUGCUGUCCCUGUGGCUCUUCGUGUUGAACCUAAACCUAAAAGUGAUAUAAGGCAACAAGAUCUUUUGAAGAACAUUGUUGGGAUCAAACCAAAGCGACCGAAAGUUAGCAGCCCUUCACAGCCAACAGAUAGCAAUAAGCCUAAGCAUGGGGAAGAGGAUUCUAUCAGCGAGUUGUCUUCAUCGCAGAAUCAGUCGGGACUACUUGUGGGCAAGAAGGGAUCAUCUCAUGGGACUGUGAAUCCUGACUACACAGCGCCAAGGCUUGAAAAAACAAGAGAGGAGCAACAGAACACAGCUGGAAGUUUGCUUGCAAUUUUAGCUGAUUCUACACCUGCUGUCCCUGUGGCUCUUCGUGUUGAACCUAAACCUAAAAGUGAUAUAAGGCAACAAGAUCUUUUGAAGAACAUUGUUGGGAUCAAACCAAAGCGACCGAAAGUCAGCAGCCCUUCACAGCCAACAGAUAGCAAUAAGCCUAAGCAUGGGGAAGAAGAUUCUAUCAGCGAGUUGUCUUCAUCGCAGAAUCAGUCGGGACUACUUGUGGGCGAGAAGGGAUCAUCUCAUGGGACUGUGAAUCCUGACCACACAGCGCCUAGGCUUGAAAAACCAAGAGAGGAGCAACAGAACACAGCUGGAAGUUUGCUUGGUUUAGCCUAUGAGAUUUCGGACGAAGAAUAG